AUUACAAUAGGCGUGGCUGUCCCACGUGUAGUAGCUCUUGGUGAACAAAGAAACAUAACAUGGGAAGACUUGAUGUUUCUCUCCUUCGUUAUCUAACCAGUCAAGACUUUAGAGUACUAACUGGAGUUGAAAUGGGCAUGAAAAAUCACGAGAUAGUCCCGGCUGAACUCAUCUCCUCUAUUGCUGGAAUCAGAAGCUCUGGCUGUUACAAGAUACUCCGAGAGCUGGCAAAGCAUCGACUAGUCACAUACGAACAUCAAAAAGUCUGUGGGUAUAGACUAACAAAUGCUGGAUAUGACUAUCUUGCCUUGCGGGCUCUUGUAUCCAAAGACGUCAUUUAUUCUGUUGGCAAUCAGAUUGGAGUCGGAAAAGAGUCUGAUAUAUAUAUAGUUGCUGAUGCAAAUGGUACUGAAUAUGCUCUAAAAAUUCAUCGUUUAGGUAGGACCUCAUUUCGCAAAGUAAAAGAGAAGAGGGACUACCAUCGUCACAGACAGACAACUUCCUGGCUAUAUCUCUCUCGUCUGGCGGCACAAAAAGAAUACACUUUCAUGAAAGUGCUGCAUGAAAGGGGCUUUCCAGUACCACAGCCAAUGGAUGUGAACCGGCACUGUGUGGUAAUGGAGCUUAUUAAUGGCUAUCCUCUGUGUCAAGUUCGUAGUUUAUCCAAACCAGAGGUACUUUUCAAUACAUUAAUGGCUCUGCUGGUUAGACUAGCAUCUCAUGGUCUCCUUCACUGUGACUUUAAUGAAUUCAAUAUCAUCAUCAGCGAUGAAGACAAACCCACUUUGAUUGAUUUCCCCCAAAUGGUCUCCACUAGUCAUCCUGAUGCAGCAAGUUAUUUUGAGCGUGAUGUCCAUUGUGUGGCAGAGUUCUUUAGUAAAAGGUUUCAAUGGAGGCCUGACGAAGCACUGCCAUCGCUUAAUGACAUUAUGAAAGUAGCCAGUUUAGAUGUUGAAGUGAAUGCCAGUGGAGCAAUUAAAGAGAAAUCAGCAGGUGUGGAGGAAGAAAAUGAGGGGGAGGAGGAGGAAUCUAAAGAAUUUGAAUGUAGUCUUGCUUCCCAUGUAAAAGGAAUCCAUAUCACUGAUGAAGAUAAAUUAAGAGAGAAUGUGUCUGAAUUUGACAGCAUUUCCAGCAUACCUCUUGAUGAAAUUCCAUUGGAAAGUGAAGACAAAGAUUAUGUAAACAAUAAAGAAGAUACUUUGGAGUAUAUUAGUGAUUCAGAAGAAUAUGAGAGUUCUAGUGAAGGAGAAGAGACCUCAAUUGCAAGCAAAGAUUUAAAGAAACAAGUAAAGAAAACGACUCUUAAGAAGCACCAUGCCCAUUUGAAGCAAAGUUCUAAGAAAUCGCAAAGAAAGCUUCCAACAUCAAGUGGGAGGCGUGGACAAAAGGGGAACAGAUUAAAGAUCAGGCAAGCGCUCUCGGACUGGUAGAAAAGAAUAAAAUUUACUUUUUGAUGAAUGUCAAAAUAACAUAAAAUGUUUAAGUUUAUGUGGAGUAGAUUACUGAAUGUAUGUGGGUGAUAUAGUUUAUUCAGGUGUACUCACUAA